AAAGGAGGCAGCCGAAGACUCGCAGCCUCACACAGACUUGCACGCUCACGCUCCCAGAGGAGCUCAUACCCCACACGGACACCGGUGUGCCGCUCAUCUCUCCGCUGCACACUCAUCUGGGCCUCGGCCUCGCACAGACUCGUGCACACACCCACACUCUCGCAGAGCUCGCACACACGCUAUCAGAUACUAUGGCUCGCCACAUGGCCCCGCUGUUGGCCCUCAGCCUGCUGGUUCUCUGGGCCUCCCUGGCCCCUGCUCUGGGUGGCGCUAACGAUGCUGAAGACUGCUGCCUGUCUGUGACUCUGCGGCCCAUCCCUGGGAACAUCGUGAAAGCCUUUCGCUACCUUUUCAUCACAGAUGGCUGCAGGGUGCCAGCUGUUGUGUUCACCACACUAAGGGGCCACCAGCUCUGUGCACCCCCAGAGCAGCCCUGGGUACAGCGCAUCAUCCGGAGACUGAAGAAGUCCUUUGCCAAGGGCCAGCGCCACAGCAGCUAGCCCGGCAGCACCACAGGGAGCCCUGAGUCCAACAAGAUGUGAUUUGCUGUGGUCUAGGGAACAAAGGCCAGAGAGAGGACCAGGCCUCCAGCUCUUCUGUAGCAGACCUGACCCAACCAGGACAGGGCCUGGAGUGUCAAUGUGAGUGUGAACACGAGUGUGAGCACGAGCACCGCCUUUCACAUCCAAACUGCAAUGCUUCCAAUAAAGCUAUUUGGUACCCACA